UUAUUUCGUUGAGAGAUUUUUAAUUUCACCGGAGAAAUAUAUUUUACAUUAAUUUGGCCUCAAUCUUGGAUUCGAUGUGAUCCCGCCAAACAAACUCUUACUCUUCCCCUCCUCACGAAAUUCUCCCCCGUCGUUCUCUUCCUCUUCUCCCUCCGUUGAUCUGUGAUGUGUCGCCGGUAAAUUUCGACAAUAGAAGAAGCUUCGUGACUAAUUUGUCUUUUAUGAAGGGACAUCGGAGUUGCCACGAGAUUUAUGAUGCUUUGUGGUUCUUUACGAGAUCGAAUUCAGCCUUGGCUUCGCGAUUAUGUUAGGCUCCAAUCUCUCGCCGUCUUCCUUAUUUACGCUCAGAUUGGGUGCGCAUUAAUCGGAUCGUUAGGAGCAUUAUACAAUGGAGUUUUGUUGAUAAAUUUGGCGAUUGCGUUGUUCGCGCUUGUUGCAAUCGAGAGCAAUAGCCAAAGUCUCGGCCGCACCUACGCGGUUCUUCUCUUCUGCGCUCUGCUUCUUGAUAUCUCAUGGUUCAUACUUUUCACCCAAGAGAUUUGGAGCAUUUCAGCUGAGACGUAUGGAACGUUUUUCAUAUUUUCAGUGAAACUGACAAUGGCGAUGGAGAUGAUUGGGUUCUUUGUGAGGCUAUCAUCCUCGCUCUUAUGGUUUCAGAUUUAUAGACUGGGGGCUUCUAUCGUGGACACUUCACUUCCUCGUGAAACUGAUUCGGAUUUACGAAGUAGCUUCUUGAAUCCACCAACUCCUGCUAUAGCUAGACAAUGUUCAGGUUCUGAAGAAAUCUUGGGAGGUUCCAUCUACGACCCAGCCUACUACACCUCUCUAUUUGAAGAAAGCCAAACCAAUAUAAAUUCACCACAGGUGAAUCAUUAUUCAGCUGGGAACAAUGGAUCACCAUCUGCUGCAGAAGGCUCUCAUACUAAGUAUCCCAUAUCCAGAUCAUUGCAUUCAAUUGAUGAAGAGAAGGGCUUGAAGCAACCGGUUAGUUUCCAUUGAUUCGACAUAUGUUCUUGGAAGAGAAGGGCUUGAAGCAAACGGGGAUGGCUUCAAUAUGAUUAAAGAAUGGUAGUGUGACCAUUUGGGUAUCUAAACAAACGAGUUGUCUGUUGAGGUUUAGUUAUCGGAUUUUGAAGCUGAUAAAAAUGUUAUUCGUCAGUUUUCCAUAUGCGAGGGAGAAUUAUGAAGAGUCGUCGUGUUUAUACAAAGUAGAGCAAGAAGAUUACAUAACACCUACCAAAAGAUGAGAUUCUUCUAUAUGUUGAGGACAAGUAAGCACUGUUUCUACUUUGCUUUUCAUUAUUUAUUUUGUCUGAAAAUUUGUUAUUUUUGGGGAUAUAUCAUAUAUGGUUUAGAUUAGAGUCGGAAUCUACUUGAUGCAUCCAUCAUAUAAUUCUUUCCGAGUUUUUUUUUUCUUGCGUGUAAAUGGAAUGGAGAUACUUUCUUUUUAUCUUUUUGUUUGCAAAUGGAGAUAGUAAAAGAUUUCGGCGUUGACA